CAAAGUUUUUAAAAAUUUUGAAAACUCAUAAACUAAAUACAACUCAAGUAUUUUUAAAGUUUUCAAAAUCGUUAUUUAGUUUUUAACUACUCUUUUCUUGUCUUCUAACGCCGAAGUUAUAGCAUGUUUAUUAAGUGUUGUUAAAAUGCACGUCUUUUGAAUAUAAACUCUUAUUGAGAUGUUUAUAAUUUCACGCAUUUGUGUUAUCGCAUUGGUUGCUUUAAAAACCAAUGCUUUGUCCCAAAAUCAAACAUUUAUGCUUGCUGCAUAUUACAUAAAGAAAUGCAUAAGCCCGGCUAUAGUUAAUUAUGAUUUACUAACAAAACCAUUGGGCAACUGUGUAACUCGUAUAGGAAGCUACUUGGAUUGUAUGAACAACACCAAAAGUAACACAAUAUAUUAUCAUCCUUGUCCUUAUCUUUUUUUUGAAUCAGGUGUAAUACCUGUUUUGUGUAAAAAUGGAACAUUUGGAAAAGUUGAUUAUACUUCUUACUGUUUAAAAAUUACCGAUGAGGAGAAGAACAGCAGAGAAUAUUCAGUGUUUUAUGAAGCAGGAAUAAUAUCAAAAUGGCAAUAUCAAUAUGAAAUUGAUUAUAAAUAUAACAAACGAAUACUUAUGGAUUUGGGAUACUUUCUUCGUAUAAUUGAUGCUGCUGCAUGUUUUUUUGGCUUUAUUGUACUCUUAUUUUUAAUUCCGCUUAAAAAUCAAUGUGUGAUGUUACAUAGAAAUUUGAUCGCCUCCAUCAUGUUAAGAGAUAUUGCGUAUAUUGUUUAUAUUCAUCUGGACACUAAAACAGUUGCAAAUGAAAUACCUAAUAAGAAGGGCUGCAGUUAUGCAUAUUUGUUUGCAUUAUAUUCCACCUUUGUGGAAAUUACAUGGAUGUUUAAUGAAGCUUUUUUUCAGCUUCGACAGUUUUUUGCUUUCAUUACAAAAUCCUACAUGUGGCUUUACUUUCUUGUUGGCUGGUUGGUACCUGCCAUAUUUUGUUUUGCAAUCUUUUUACCAUUAAUGCUCCAUUACUCAACUGAUAAACAUUUUACAGUAUGUUGGAAUAAUGGAAAUAAUACUCGGAUUUAUUAUGCAAUUUUCAUACCAAUGUACUUAUUAGUUGGCAUUAAUGUACUUAUAUUGUUGUAUCUAAUGUGGAUUAUCAGAAGCAAGCUUAAAAGUGGUACUGGUUGUGAACUUGAGAAGUCAAGGAAAGCUGCUCGAAGCUUUUUUAUUCUUGUAUUUUUACUUGGUGGUGGUUAUUUUUUUGUAAGUACUGGACCAAAUGACUGCAUACCAUUUCAAUACCUUCAAGUUAUUCUUAUUGUUCCUCAGGGUAUUUAUGUCUGCAUAUUUCAAAUUAUUUUCAGUAAAGAAGUACGGAAUUCUGCUAGGUUAAAGAUAAAUCGUCUCAAACAAAAUCUAUCUAUUCCACAAUUUGUUUCUCAGUCAACUCACUGCACUUCCACAAGUAAUAAUCAGAGAAUCAAUGCUGGGGUUUUAAGCCAUAAUGAAUCGGAUUUAAAAUUCAUCCCUACCCAGUCAACGGUGAAUACAAAUUCAAGUGUAAUUUUUAAUCUAGACUUACAAAUAUGUAACAAUAGAAAUGACUUAUUAACGUUAGGAACAAAAAAUGACGGAUUUGAAUGCGAGUUGCGAUAAUUAUUUUCAUUCAUCUGGUAUUUUUUUCUAUGUUUUUGUAUGUAUUUAAUGCUAUUUUUUUAAAAGUAUUGAAACAUCUAUUCAUAACAGUGUAUCAGAUAGUUUAAAUAGAUUUAUCUGAUAUGGAAGCAAAGGUAAUAAACGCAUCUAUGCUCUUGAUAUAAAACACUUUUUUUAAAAAAAAAUUUAGUGAGAAUGUUUUAUGGCUCGAGUCACUUUUACCUCACAUUUUAUGUUAGUUGACAUUAGAAGCACAUGUAAAUAAUAUGUAAAAUGUAAAUUUAAAAUGUAUUUAUAUAAUUAUUUACCUAUAUAUUUUUGUUGUAAUAUUAUUCAUAGGGUAACAAAUAUAACAACUAAAAUUAUUUUAUUAAUAAACCUAUUGUUAUAA